GGUGAACGUCAAGAUCCGGAGCUUUUGACAGAUCACGUGGUCACAAUUGCAACAACUCCAAUUGGUCAAUUGGCUGGCAAAGAUGGGUCCACCCUUCAACUUCGACCCAAAUCAGCCCAUUCCUCACAAAUCCCUCGACAACACCUCUCUCAGCCCAUCCCGAGUCAUCCUCAAAGCUCGACCCCAUUGCCCGGCGCAAACCAUCAACAGAAUGUUCCUGCAACGCUCCGCCCUCACUGCGGCUCGCCGCGUCGCCGCCCGACCUGCUGUCGCUCGCACCUUCACCACCUCUUUCGUCCGCCGAGAUGCUGCCCGUCCUGCCACCCCCAACGAGCAGGCCGCUGCUCUUGCUGGCACCGCCGAGAAGAAGGUCGGCUCCUACAAGACUCUAAAGGAGAUCCGAACUGAGGAGGAUCUCUUCGGUCCUGGUGCCGCCCCCGGAACCGUCCCUACCGAUCUCGAGCAGUCCACCGGUAUCGAGCGUCUCGAGAUUCUCGGUAAGAUGGAGGGCGUCGACAUCUUCGACAUGCGCCCUCUUGACGCCAGCCGCCUCGGAACGAUGAAGGAUCCCAUCAUGGUCCGAUCCGCUGGUGAGGAGCAGUUCGCCGGCUGCACUGGUUUCCCUGCCGACUCUCACAACGUCCACUGGCUCGGCAUCACCCGCGAGCGCCCCAUCGAGCGAUGCCCCGAGUGCGGCAGCGUCUACAAGAUGGAUUACGUUGGUCCCGAGGACGAUCACCACCACCACCACCCUCCUGAGUUCGAGGAGCCCAAGACCUUUGCCGAUUACAUCAAGCCCGAGUACCGAUACAAAUAAAUGCAUUACAUUGCGCUGAAAGGCAUUGAGGAGAUUGGGUCGUAGCAUUAAGGGAAAACUGGAUGGAUGUACAUGGUGCCCCCGGGGAGAGGAGCCGUUUUGUGUAGAUUAGGGUGCCUUGAUUCCCUGUGUCAAUUUACUAAGUUAGCUUCCAGAAGUUGAUGUUGACUAUAUUGGGCAUGUCGUGUUUUGUGACAAUAGCAGUUUGAUCCAAUUGAGCUUUUAUACAUCAGAAAUGACUUUCCAGGUUUCCAUAG